AUGUAUUAUGACACCUAUUCCAAUGAAAAUCCGUAUACGAAGCAUUAUACAAAUCGAUCAAAACCACGAGACGAGGAACUUCAGCAUCUCGUCGUAUUUACAAGCGACAAUUCGUUUUCAAUUGUUAAACAAAAACAAUGUACAUCAAGUGGACAUGAUGGACUUGUAGUUGUUCAUAGCGGUAAUAAACAAUAUCAUGGUAUGAUUUUAGAAUCAGGCACACUUACUGAAUUAGAACAAUUGGCGAAUCAAAUGCGAAAACCACUUAACAAAGAAAUAGAAAGUGAUUAUGAACGAGAUGAAAGAAAUGUAGGUGACGAACAAGGUACAAAAGAACGUUCAAAUAGAGAUACACAACAACGUUCCACAUGUGUUCUUAAAGAAGUCGGAAAUAAUUGUAGAGAAAUAUCAACAACAACGGUUCGUAAAAUACCGGUGACCCCAAGAUUGAAUACUUCUCGUCAGCAAUUAUUAAGUACUCAAUCCAGUUCAUCAACAGGAGUCACUAGCGCAUCACCACAAUUAAAACGACCAUUACUGACAACGACGUCAGCAAAAAUACACGACGCGGUGAAGAAGAAAAAGCCAAGUAAUCAAUCACGACAACAAUUUAAUACAACAAUAUCCGCAUCAAUACAAAGAAUUGAUAAAACAUUGGCCACUACAUGCUUAUCAAGUGAUGAUGAUGAUGAUGAAGAUCGUUCUUUAACUUCAGCAGUAAUUUCAGCAACACAAACAUCACGUUUAAAUUCAGGAUUAUUACCAUCAACAAGCAAUGAGAAAGAAGAAGAGAAAGAAGAAAUCGAAUUGCCGUCAGUACAACAACUACUUUUUGAAACAAAAAAAACACAAACAAUGUUAAAUCAAGUAUUAACAGGUCAAGCACGUGUGGCUACAAGUAUUACUAAAAUGUAUAAUAAUCAAGUUAAAAUUCAAAAACAAUUGGCUAAAAGAAAAAUAUUUAUAAAGGAAAAUGGCAAAGAAAUAGAUUUGUUAGCAGUAGCCGGAACAAUUGAUAGAGUGAAUUUAUAUGUUACUGCUUUAGUUGACAUCGUUUUUCCAGAUCCAAAAGAAUUCGUUGCACUUACAGUUACAGAAGUAAAAGAAGAUUAUCGUUAUCAAUUAAUCAAAGAAUGUGUUCAAUCGAAAUUUAGAUUAGAUAAAACAACAACUGAUCUUUUAUGGUGUGAUUUACAUGAGGUGGUUUUAGGUAAACGUCGCAGUGCAAGAAAAAAUUUAGCACUGAAAACAGCAGCAGCAGCAGUCUACGAAGAUCAAGAACAACAACAAGAUGAAAUUGGAGCUGAAGAAGAAAUUUCCAAAAACGAUUAA